UCCUUUCUUUUCCCAAGAUAUUCAGCAUCAUUACAACUCAGUUCAUGCCCUUCAAGGAGGCACAGGAGUGUAUGGUAGGAGAGUACAAGGUGGAUGGGCAAUGCUGUCCCACCUGCCAUCCAGGUUACAGGGUUCAAGAGACAUGCAGUAUAAUAACAGGCACCACGUGUGUGCCUUGUGAUCCUGGGACCUACACAGCACACCAGAGUGGCCUGAAGGAGUGUCUCCAGUGUAAAGUCUGUGACCCUGCAUUUGGCUUGGUGACCAGAAGGGCAUGUUCGCCCACAUCCGACACUGUGUGUGGCUGCUCUUCAGGGUAUUUCUGUUCCAACAUGAAAGAUGAUGACUGUGAGAUGUGUGUGGCUCAUCGAGUCUGCACCCCUGGCCAAUACAUGAAGUCUAGAGGCACAGAGAGAAACAACACCAUCUGUGAAGAGUGCCAGGCAGGGACAUUUUCCCCCAAUGGGACCCUUGGCCAAUGUCUGCCAUGGACCAAUUGUAGUGCCCGGGGUCUAUUUGAAGAAAAGCCAGGCACUGAUACCACAGAUGCAUUGUGCUCACCAAAGAGUAACCACCAACUCAUACUUAUUGGCAUUCCCUUCAUCAUCAUCACUAUCACUGCCUUCAUCAUUUUGGCAGUGAAGUUAAUUAGAAAGAAAAACAACCGAGAAAGAGCAUCCCACCCUUGAAAAAUCUGUGACUCCCUCGAGGCUGAUGGAUGAGUCACCAACUUGCCUGUGCAAGACACCAGACAACAAGAGUCAGCACCACUAUGGGAAAUAAUGUCCAAGAGUCAAGACAGUUGGGAACUUCACGAUGCCCUUGAGAGUGCAGUGAAAUGCCAAGGCCAAGUCAUACUCUCUGUCUGCCAUUGGGACAAAGCUCAUCCCCAGCAAUGGUGACCACCUUCUUCUUGAACCUCCUCCUAGCUUUGCAGUCAGAAACAUUCCAGAUAGCAAGGGAUAUCUAAGGCAGGCCAAAAGUUUCACCAGCAACUUCCAAUUCUGAUGCCCUUUCCCAGAGCAAAGCGUGGCAGACAAGGCAACAGAGUCUGAGUUCUGAGAGGUUGGAUGAGCCGUGAGUGUGGGCGUGCAAUGAACAGUCUGCUUUCCAAGGACCAGCAUGAACAAGAUGGUGGUUUACAUAAGGUUUAUUUCAUAUUUACUCUGCACAUAUCUAUUUAUUUAUUAAAGUUGUUUAGUUUUUCAGUCA